GAUGCUGCGCUGGGCCGAGCGACCGAUGCCAAGGAGCCCCCGGGCGAGCUGUGCCCCGACGUCCUGUAUCGUACGGGCCGGACGCUGCACGGCCAGGAGACCUACACGCCGCGACUCAUCCUCAUGGAUCUGAAGGGUGAGGUGGUGGCAGGGUCAGCCGAUGCCCCGUGUUUCCCUUCCGCAUGCCUAGUUUUUGCGCUGCCGUUAUCUUCAAGAUCCUCCCACCUUACCGAGCUCCAGGACCAGAGAUGAGGAGCUGAGCACAACAUGCCAACACUCGAGGGGCCCACGACAGUUGCUCAAGAGCCAUCUCGGGAAUAGGCUGCUAGGCCCUGGAGACAGUGAGGACUUGAACUACAGCACUCCUGUAGGACCCCUGGAUGUGGUUUUUCCCCCCGGUCCCACAGCUAAUGACUAAGGGGGGAACGGAAAGAUGGAAUCUAGAUUCUCCUAGGCCAGGGAGAAUCCCCCCAACUAGUGUAAAUCCCAGAAAGCUUGGAAGAGCCAAGUGCUGGAGAGAUGGUGACAGCAGGUUGUCAGGUAGUUUGAGCUCCCUACAAGAGGGAGGUGGACUCUACAGGGACAAACAGUUGGAUGCUGCAAUAGCAUGGCAGGGGAAGCUCACCACACACAAAGAGGAACUCUAUCCCAAGAACCCUUAUCUCCAGGACUUUCUGAGUGCAGAGGGAGUGCUGAGUAGUGAUGGUGUUUGGAGGGUCAAAUCCAUUCCCAAUGGCAAAGGUUCCCCAUCACUCACGACUGCUACAACUCCAAAACCACUUAUCCCUACAGAGGGCAGCAUCAGGGUCUGGUCAGACUUCCUCAGAGUCCAUCUCCAUCCCCGGAGCAUCUGUAUGAUUCAGAAGUACAACCAUGAUGGGGAAGCAGGUCGGCUGGAGGCUUUUGGACAAGGGGAAAGUGUCCUAAAGGAACCCAAGUACCAGGAAGAGCUGGAGGACAGGCUGCACUUCUACGUGGAGGAAUGUGACUACUUGCAGGGCUUCCAGAUCCUGUGUGACCUGCAUGAUGGCUUCUCUGGGGUAGGCGCGAAGGCGGCAGAGCUGCUACAAGAUGAAUAUUCAGGGCGGGGAAUAAUAACCUGGGGCCUGCUACCUGGUCCCUACCAUCGUGGGGAGGCCCAGAGAAACAUCUAUCGUCUAUUAAACACAGCUUUUGGUCUCGUGCACCUGACUGCUCACAGCUCUCUCGUCUGCCCCUUGUCCUUGGGUGGGAGCCUGGGCCUGCGACCUGAGCCACCUGUCACCUUCCCUUACCUGCAUUAUGAUGCCACUCUGCCCUUCCACUGCAGUGCCAUCCUGGCUACAGCCCUGGACACAGUCACUGUUCCUUAUCGCCUUUGUUCCUCUCCAGUUUCCAUGGUUCAUCUGGCUGACAUGCUGAGCUUCUGUGGGAAAAAGGUGGUGACAGCAGGAGCAAUCAUCCCUUUCCCCUUGGCUCCAGGCCAGUCCCUUCCUGAUUCCCUGAUGCAGUUUGGAGGAGCCACCCCAUGGACCCCACUGUCUGCAUGUGGGGAGCCUUCUGGAACACGUUGCUUUGCCCAGUCAGUGGUGCUGAGGGGUAUAGACAGAGCAUGCCACACGAGCCAGCUUACCCUGGGGACACCUCCACCCUCCGCCCUUCAUGCAUGUACCACUGGGGAAGAAGUCUUGGCUCAGUAUUUACAACAGCAGCAGCCUGGAGUCAUGAGCUCUUCCCAUCUGCUGCUGACUCCCUGCAGGGUGGCUCCUCCUUACCCCCACCUCUUCUCAAGCUGCAGUCCACCGGGUAUGGUUCUGGAUGGUUCCCCCAAGGGAGCAGCAGUGGAGAGCGUCCCAGUGUUUGGGGCACUGUGUUCCUCUUCGUCCCUGCACCAGACCCUGGAAGCCUUGGCCAGAGACCUCACCAAACUCGACUUGCGGCGCUGGGCCAGCUUCAUGGAUGCUGGAGUGGAGCACGAUGAUGUAGCAGAGCUGCUGCAGGAGCUACAAAGUCUGGCCCAGUGCUACCAGGAUGGUGACAGCCUCGUGGACUAAAGUUCCCAGUGUGGGAGAAAGGAGCUAGUUUGCAAUAAAAACAGCUGGAUGCAGGA